AUGUACGCGACACGCUGGUCCGGAUCGGAGUGGCGGCGUAUUGUCGACGCCUGCUCCAGUUUCGACGAGUUUGCCAACCAUGUCCGCGCGUGCGCGCGGGCGAAGUGGCCGGACGUCGUGGUGUGGGAUAUGCGGACGCUGAGCUGCUUCAGCUUGACGCACAACCUGUACAUCUGCGACUGGAGCUGGGAGGCUCUGGCCAAGGACGCUACGGACGUCUUGGUCAGCCUCGACGGGUCUGGCCCGGUUGGCGCUGAGCGUGCGAUGUCGAGAACCCCGUCUACGCUGCGCGAUGGAGCCUAG